AUGAAUACCGAAUACGAUUAUUUGUUCAAAUUAUUGUUGAUUGGUGAUUCCGGUGUUGGUAAAUCUUGUUUAUUGUUAAGAUUUGCCGAUGAUACCUAUACCAACGACUAUAUAUCCACCAUCGGUGUUGAUUUCAAGAUCAAGACUGUUGAGUUAGAUGGCAAAACUGUUAAGCUACAAAUUUGGGAUACUGCCGGUCAGGAAAGAUUCAGAACUAUUACAUCUUCUUACUACCGUGGUGCCCACGGUAUAAUUAUCGUUUACGAUGUAACAGACCAAGAAUCCUUCAACAACGUCAAGACAUGGUUGCAAGAAAUCGACCGUUUCGGUACAGCUGGUGUGUUGAAGUUACUAGUUGGUAACAAGAACGAUUUGACAGAUAAGAAGGUGGUUGACACCGAAGUUGCUAAAGAGUUCGCAGAUUCUAUUGGAAUUCCAUUCAUCGAAACCAGUGCACUAGAUUCUUCUAACGUUGAGGAGGCCUUCUUGAUCAUGACCAAGCAAAUCAAGGAAAGUGUCGCCAAACAACAAAAAGAUAAUGGUAGAGCUGAAGACAAGUCCAACGUCAACUUAAAGGGCCAAUCAUUGACUGGAUCCAAUGGUGGUUGUUGCUAA